UCUGGCGGGCUGGAAGGAAUCCAUCGCACUAACCGGCCCUCGAGCCAAUGGCCUCCGCCCGUCCUAAGAAUAACCUCCGCCCAAAAGGAAAUUGGGCCGUAUUUCUGGCGGGUUGGGAGAGUGGGAAGGAUUUCUGACUCUGAUGGACUGGGUCCCCAGCUCGAUAUCCCGUGGGUUUUUUAAUUUCUCCAAUCCGGAUUUCGGGGGUUUUAGUUUGUCUCUGCCGCGCGUGUGUGUGCGGAACUUAUCUCAAGAGAGUAUGGUGAGAGAGUGAGACCCUCGAGAGGACCGUAUGAUUCCAGUGUUUUGGUUGGAGCUCCAUGCCCAUCAGCGGAGGGGGAAUCCUCGACUCUGCAGCGCUGGGAAGGAUGGGAAGGAUGUACGACGACCGUAAUUUUGGGCGAUCCCCAUUACCAUUACUGCGUACCACUUCGCAGCUCCUCUGUAUUCGUUCUAGAAAUUCCAUCCGCAUUCCUGCAGCGACUGACUUGGCAACACGUUGGGUGGACGCGGUUUGCCCUCAGGGGUGGCAACCAACCACUGACGUCGCCUCCCACCACUCGCGGAAGUUUGGGUCCUAUGAUGUGAUAAGUGAGGCCGAACUCUCCCCCUCCACCACGAAAAUCUUUCUCUCGGUGAUGCAUUAUGAGAUAAUCGGCUUCUGGGGGGAGGCAUGGGCGCUUGGAGGUGGCAACAAUCUGUGCAACGUCGCCUUUCUAUUUAUUUAUUUAUUUUGGAUUUGGUUUGUGCAGCAGCGGGCAGCCUCUCACAACGUCGAGUCCUCGAUAGUGUUAAUAUCUUCUCGUUCCGGGGUAAGGUCGAUCAUUUCUCGGCUUCCGUUUCGAUGAUUCGAUCUGAAUUAAUUUCCCUGGGGAUUAUUUGCUUUUCUGCGAGGGACUUUGGAUGGUUGUGUGGACUGGGUGGAUGAGGAAAGUGGGUAAGACUAAGGACUAAGGAAGGGCCUGCGGAAUGACCGACUGAUUAUCUAAUCGGCUGCCUGGCUGCCUGAGGCCACGGCGCACUGCAAAUCCCGCCUCGCCGAUUC